AUGACAAGGUCAGCAGCACCAGCGGCGGCGACGGCGUCCUCCUCGCCGGCGCCGAAGCCUCAGCCUCAGCCACAGCCGCAUCCACAUCCGCAGCUGCGCGGGAGCCAGCUGAAGCAGCUGCGCGAGAUCUUCCGGCGGUUCGACAUGGACGGCGACGGCAGCCUAACGCAGCUAGAGCUAGCGGCGCUGCUGCGGUCGCUGGGCCUGCGCCCGACGGGGGAGGAGGCGCGCGCGCUGCUGGCGGCCAUGGACUCGGACGGCAACGGGGCCGUGGAGUUCGGCGAGCUGGCGGCCGCCAUCGCGCCGCUGCUCACCACGCAGACGCACCUCGUGGACCAGGCCCAGCUCCUGGAGGUGUUCCGCGCCUUCGACCGCGACGGCAACGGCUACAUCUCCGCCGCCGAGCUGGCGCGCUCCAUGGCGCGCCUGGGCCAGCCGCUCACCUUCGAGGAGCUCACGCGCAUGAUGCGCGACGCAGAUGCCGACGGCGACGGCGUCAUCAGCUUUCAGGAGUUCGCCGCCGUCAUGGCCAAGUCCGCGCUCGACUUCCUCGGCGUCGCCUGA